UAGUGGGAUUGGCGGCUCUAUCAUUACCGGUGGAGGAGGACAAUCAACGAAAUGAGCGCCGACAACAUUGAGUAAACCCAUUUCUGCAGGAAAGAAACCAGGAGGUUCUUCGACCGUUUGUCUAUAUGUACAUGUCUGAAGGCAGCCUUGGAAUUUCCUGGAGUGCAUCGGCUUUACUCGGAAUCAAGAUCUAGAUAUAUAUUGCAAGUAAAUGAAGUAGAACAUAUAAGAGCGAGCGACAAAGUGCUAUAUCUGCUUUUGAGGCGUGUUGAUGGGGGGAAGGUCGAUACUCUAAGUGCAUGCCUGCUCUCCGAGUCGUUGGUUCUGUUUACGCACAGCGUCAAUAACUUUCGCCUGGCGUCUGAAAUGGUCAACAAAGCCACUUAUCGCACAAGCCUAAGCAGCUACGUACAGAACACCUUUAAGAAGAUCUUCGAAGAAGCCAAGGCCAUGGAGUCGUCCACUCAAGGCAAGCUGGACCUCCUACGCAGCGUCAAUGGGCUACCCACAGAAAAGGAGCUCAAAAAACUAUUGAAAACUAGUGGAGUUGGUGGCCGCAUUUCGGGUGAUCCGAAACUACCCGUUGAACCUACUAAGGUGCCACCAAAUCUGCUGCAGAUCCGUUCAAUCAACAUUAAUGGUCAGGACAUCCAAUUGGCCGACUAGGGAGAAGUUAUCAUUGCUAACAUCUCAAGCGCUGAGAGCUUCGAGGAUCUAAUCACCAGUAUGGCCGAGCACUGGAAGCCAAACAUGUACAAGCUGAUGCUCCGAAUGACGCAGACCUUUGUGGAAGCACCGAAAUGGAGUUUUGGCUGAAGUACCACCUACCCACGCAAUCGGUGCUCUAUCAGAUCAUUCGACAAACACUGAAACACCAUGCGAGCUUGGACCACAAAGAAAUCUCGGAGGCAUUGCCCGAUAUUCUGAGAAGCGUGCGCUGCUAUUUCGCCUCCCGCAGUCCCCUUUGUCCACCAGAGUUUCUGAAGAAGUGCCCCAAGUGCGUGGGUUACUACAAUGAGGGUACACGGCAGGUGAAUGAAUCUGAUGUUUGAUCUGAUAUAUAAUAUGCCUUACACUUACCAUGCGAAGCAAUUGAAAUGGUUUAUAUGUCUUACGGCACGAACACUUUUGGGUGUUUUUUUUUUAUUAGCUAUCCCGUAUGAAAAUAUAUGUUUGUAUAUUUGAAAUAUCCAAUUGAACAGCGAUAUUUAAAGAGCUGUCCAGCAUUCUAUGUACAGAUCCUGAGGAUCGCCUUCACGGACUUCAACAUGGGUUCGGAGACCAAUUGUAAACUGGAUAAUAUUAAGUUCUAGAAGGUUAUGCCAGAUGCAAGCGAGAAACUGGGGCAAACACUCUGUGGAUCCACCAUGCCCGAUGACUUUGACGUGUAUAGCAAUCGUGCUGUGGUCGUCGAAAAGAAGUCGCCAAAUUUUGAUGGACUUGGCUUCCAGUUCUCAUUCACCCUCAAGCACUUAUUGAUGAGACAUUUUCGAAUUUAUAAUUUAUAAUGUACAAUUAUAUAUUAUGUCUAAUAUAAUUUAGGUCUCGUCAAUCGUUCUACUUGCAAAGACAACAAAAAUCCUAAAUGUC